UAGCAUCGUGACAGGCCAUCAGUAAGGAGUGAUGUGACAUCUGGAGAUUAGAUGGAAUCGGUUCAGAAACUUCUGGAGGGGUUUUCAGAGGAGACUCGCGAAUUUCUAGACCAGUCGGUGCCGUACCUGGUCGAACCUCCGGACCCGCUACAGUUCUACCGGGACUGGAUAAGUCCUAACAAGCCCUGCAUCAUCCAGAACGCCCUAAACCACUGGCCCGCCUUGUCCAGGUGGAGCCCGGACUACCUCAGGGAGAAGAUAGGGUCAAAGGUCAUCAGCGUGGCAGUGACUCCUAAUGGAUACGCUGAUGCUGUGGCAAGAGAUCGAUUCAUGAUGCCCGAAGAACGACAGAUGAGCUUUUCUUCUGUCCUGGACAUCAUUGAAGGGAAGGUGCAGAAAGGUGGGGUGUUCUACAUCCAGAAGCAGUGCUCCAACCUGCUGCAGGAGCUCCCUGAACUCAUCGAUGACCUGGAGCCUCAUGUUCCCUGGAUGAGCACAGCUCUCGGAAAAUCUCCAGAUGCAGUGAACUUUUGGCUUGGAGAUGGGAACGCCAUCACGUCCAUGCACAAAGACCCGUAUGAGAAUCUGUACUGUGUGAUUUCUGGAGUGAAGCGCUUCAUUCUGCUGCCGCCCACUGACCGACCAUUCAUCCCCUAUGGUAUGUACCAGCCGGCUGUUUACCACGAGCAGGACAAUGGUGAGUUUGAGGUCAUCGAGAAGACAGACUCACAGAAGGUCCCUUGGAUCCCUCUGGAUCCCCUGGAUCCUGACCUGGAGCAGUACCCAGAGUAUCGGAAGGCUCGGCCGCUGUGCUGCAGUGUGAAGGCCGGCGAGAUGCUGUACCUGCCGUCGCUCUGGUUCCAUCAUGUCCAGCAGUCACAUGGUUGCAUCGCAGUGAACUUCUGGUACGACAUGGAGUACGACAUCAAGUACAACUACUUCCAGUUGCUGGAGUCUCUAUGUGGAGCGUCACGGUCUUUUUGACAUCACAGCAACUGCAUGUUGCCAUGGCAACACCACAUCCACAGACAGAAACUCUACAGAAACCCGAGUGUGUUUCCUGAUGGAUGAUGAAGCUGUUUAUGCAGCAGAACAUGAGACUCAUUAAAAGUUCAGAAAACCUGGGAAAAGUUCUGCUUUUCAUUAGAAUAGGGUCAGGAUUCAAACCUGGAGCAGCUGCUUCGAGGAGCUGAAGUCUCUGUCACUGGAUUCUCCAUUUACACCAUCAGCAGAAAGAGGUUGCAUCUGGGUGUGGGUUAACGGUGCAGGUGUGUGUGAGACCAGAUGAGGACGCUGGUCAUGGUGUUUGUUAAGGUGAUGAAACAGAUGAAAUCUCAGAGUCUGUUAGAAUUUCUUCCAGGUUCUGGUUUCAUGUGUCCUGUCUGGUUCCUUUUUAACUCACCUCAGAUUUUUGGAGUUUUGUCUCAGACCAUUAACAGUGGAGAUGUGUUUUCCUGCUUCUCUGCAGGAACUCAGCAUGAUACCACCUCCACCGUGUUGGUUAACGUGAUAAUUCUUCAUCAUUACCAGAUGUCUUUGUAAGUUCCUUUUGCUCAGUUGGCCGUUGCAGUGUCUUUUCAAGCAGAGAAAAAGUUUUUUGUUUUUGGUCUUGUCUUUUAACCAAUCAGGUUGUUCGUGUGUGUGUGUGUUCUGGCUCAUUAGUGAGGGUUAACUGAGGUGUGUGAGCCACCUCAGACAUGGACCCUGAUAAAGACCUCAUUUGUCUAAUUAGUUUCACCUUGUGAAAAAAGAAGAUUUAAUCAUUUCGAACAUGCCAUAAUGUAUUAUUUUUGUGAACUACUUGCUGUUUAAGAAAAGCUGUUUGUCUCAUUUUAAGCAAGAAGCCCUUCAUCAAGUUAAAAUCUGAUAUCUAGUCCUGGAUCUUCCUCAUCCAUAUGAGAAUCUGGGACUGUUUCUCUCAGAGAUGCGGGUCUUCCAAGUUUCUCCAAUCUUUGUGUUGUCAUGGCAACAUGUCUAGUAGGCCCUUUUUAUGGUGAUAAAUAAUUAAACUUACAUAGCUGAAGUCAGUGAAGCUGAACAGACUCUGGUCCACACUUUGAUACUCUGAAAGUUCUGUUUUUUUUUUUUUCUAAAUUAAACAGUUUCCUCAAAGUCCUUCUAGAACCAGGUCUGCUUUCAGACCUUACCUGUGAUAUGAUGGUAGAGGACCAGGUGGAAAUGGACCAGAUCACCUGUU